GUGAACUCCAUUCGUUCUUUCCCCUGCAGGUGCGCUUCUGCAGCGGGCGUCCAGGGAAGGCAGGACACUGCGGAGGGAGGCGCCCGCCAUGCCAGGUCCCCAGCUCCCCGCCUCGGCCUCCCGCCCGCCGCCCCCGCGGAACCGCGGUCCGCAGCCGCUGUGAAGAGUAAGAGGAGGCGCCGGCGGAGCAGGCACCGCCCCCUUGGCGAGCUUCUCGACCUGGCGGCCUCGGCAGGACCCAUGGCGGAUUCCUCGCCCGCGCUGUCCCUGAGGGAAGGCAGACCCCGGGCAUCCCGGCCCCGGGCUCCGCCGUCGCCGCCGCCACGCUCGCGCUCCGGCUCUGAGUCCGAGGAGGCCGAGCUGUCGCUAAGCCUGGCCCGCACCAAGACCCGCUCGUACGGCAGCACCGCCAGUGUGCGGGCGCCGCUGGGCGUCAGCGUCUUCGAGCGCCAUGUGGAGCACCAGGUCUGCGCUGGCGACACGCUGCAGGGCAUUGCGCUCAAGUACGGAGUCUCGAUGGAGCAGAUAAAAAGGGCAAAUAAACUGUUUACCAAUGAUUGUAUAUUUCUGAAGAAAACGUUGAACAUCCCAGUUAUAUCAGAGAAGCCUUUGUUGUUUAAUGGACUUAACUCAAUUGAUUCUCCAGAAAAUGAAACUGUUGAAAGCAGUCUUUCUCGUGAAGAAGAGCCAGUGGUGGCUAAGAAAGACCUCUCUCCUCCCAGUCAUCCUCAGGAAGCUGAUGUUCAGCCUGCACAGCCCGAGGAAGUGUCAGCCCGAGAUUUCCUGCAGAGACUAGACUUGCAAAUUAAGUUAUCAACACAGGCAGCCAAGAAACUAAAAGAAGAAAGCAGAGAUGAAGAAAGCCCCUAUGCAACUUCCCUCUAUCACAGCUGAUUAGGGGGCCUAACUCUAACUUGGAUUAAUAAGUGGUUGGGCCAUAAAGAAGACAAGAACUGAAGAUUCAAAAGCAUGUCUUUUGAAUUUCCAUAGCAUACAUCUUAAAAUCACAAUUUAGUAGUUCCAACUACUGCAAUUGCAUUGACGUGAUUAGCUCCUGCUGGCUUACUGUAAUUUUAAGUCUUAUUAUGGUAUGAGAGCAAAAUUGUAUCCUAAAGCUUAUCACUUUUGUAGGUGGUGGUAGUUUUCAGGCUAGCUUUUGUAAAUACUGGUUGACAUAAAAGCAUCAAAGACUAUUUACGUAUUCAAGAUAAAAAGUUUAUCUCCUGAUAAAAUUUAAUUAUAUGAAAAACAUGGUUGCUGUUUAUGUGAUGCUGACUUUGCUGUGUGUUUAUAACUUAAGUGCUACAUAUAUAUUUCUAUAUGUAUUACAUAUUCUGUAAUAAGGAAACAAAUUUUGUCAGUUAUUUUGUAAAAAUAAACUACAAGAGUCUGAAUGAGAAAAUAAACUAUGUUUUCAUACUUG